AGGCAUAGAUGACAUGAUAAUAUUUAGGCGACUGUUACAUUAUUCAGGAGUUUGCCAAUCAUCAGGGAGCCCUUUUAAAUUAUAUCCGAAUUAUAAGUUUAAAUGUGGUCUAGAAAUUCAUACACAAUUGAAAACCAAAUACAAACUAUUUUCAUUACUGGAAACCAGUUUUAAUGCUGAUCCAAAUUCUAAAAUCAGUUAUUUUGAUAUAGGAUUGCCUGGAGCACAACCUAAAUUAAAUCCCGAAGCAUUACUUUUAGCUUUAAAAGCUGCUUCAGCUUUAAAUUGCCAGAUUUCGUUGCAAUCCAAAUUUGAUAGGAAACAUUAUUUUUAUCGUGAUCAGCCUUUAGGAUAUCAAGUCACUCAAUAUUAUCAUCCCUUGGCUGCUAAUGGACAUGUGGAGCUUAAUAAAUUUGACGUAAACGGAGAUGUUUCAAAAGUGAUUGGAAUUGAACAAAUUCAAAUCGAACAAGAUACUGGGAAAUUACAUUACGAUAAAUUCGAUGGAGUAAUACAGGUUGAUUACAAUCGAAGUAAUACACCAUUGAUAGAAGUUAUAACUAAGCCUGAUUUUGAAAAUUUGCUUCAAGUCGAAGUUUUCCUUAAAAAUUAUCAAACGUUGAUGAGACAUAUGGGAGUAUGUUCCGGAAAUUUAGAAACGGGUGCUAUAAGAGUAGAUGUUAAUCUUAGUGUGAAUGGAUUUCCUAGAGUUGAAAUGAAAAAUUUAGCCAGUCAUGGAGAAAUUCAAGAAGCUCUUAAAUCUGAAUAUUCAAGGCAAGUAUCUCUUCUUAAGGAAAAUAAAGGUGAUCAGAUAGUUCAGGAAACUAGAGGUUUUGAUGGUAAACAAACAUAUUCGCAAAGAUUAAAGGAAAAUUCAGUCGAUUAUAGGUACAUGCCUGACUCUGAAUUACCAGUAAUAAACCUUGAUAAGUCAAUUGCUGAAGAGAUAAGGAGAAUUUUACCUAGAACUCCAACUCAAAUAAUGGCUGAAUUAUUAUCAACAUAUCAAUUGGAAAAGAAAUAUGCAAAAUAUAUCAUUGAUCAUCCAGAAUUGCUUAAAUAUUAUUAUAAAGUUUGUGAAUUAGUUCUUCAAGACCAAGGAAUUAAAACUAAUGUUGUGAAUAAUUGGUUUUUUCAUGAAUUUUUAGGCACAUUUACUAAACUUGAUAUGAAAGUUAAUAUAGUAAUAUUACCAGCACACAAGUUAUCUGAGUUAAUCUUUGCAGUAUCAUCAGGAGAUAUUUCUUUGACUUCAGCAAGAUUAUUAUUAAAGCAAUUAAUUUUAGAACCAAAUACUUCAGAUAAAUCGAUAAAGGAAUUAAUUGAGUUUUAUGAAUUAGGUGCUCCUCUGGAUAUACUGGCAACAGAUCUUGAUAAAGCAGUUACAGAGGUUUGUGAAGCUGUGUUACUCGAAUCUGCCUCAUCUACUAAGAGUGAUAAGAAAGGUAAGAAAGUAGCGCAUAAAAUAAAAUUUUUGAUAGGAAUGGCAAUGAGGAAAACACAAGGAAGAAUUAAACCUGAUGUAUUACAAAAAAAGUUUGAAGAACUCAUCGGUAAACAAUAGAGCAAAAUACUUAAAUUUAAAUAUGUAAAUAGUUAAUAAUACAAUUUUAUUGUAUGGGAAGUAAAUAAAUCAAAAUUACAAUAACCAAAGAAGUAUAUUAAAGAAGUAGUUCGCCUAUUUUUGUUUGACUUGAAAGU